AUGUCAAACAACAGUCUUCCUCUCGAGAACAAAGUCGCCAUUGUCACAGGAGCCUCACGAGGUAUUGGUGCAACAAUUGCAGAGGAAUUGGCAAGUCUUGGUGCCAAAGUUGCCAUUACUUUUACCUCCGAGAGUAGCAAGGGAGCGACGGAGAAAUUGGUGAAAAAGAUUAAAGGUUUUAACGCCCCAGCAGAUGCGAUUGAAAUACAGGCUGACUUGCGUGAUGUUAAAAGCCCUAAACAUAUCAUUGAUGUCACGCGUAUAGCUUUUGGUCAUACCAUUCAUAUCCUUGUUAAUAAUGCAGGCUACUCACUUAGUCCAAAACCGGUGGGAAGUUGUACUGUAGAAGAUUAUAAUAAAAUUUUCGAUCUGAAUGUUCGAGCUAUCUUUCUCAUGGGAGAAGCCGUGGCAUCUCAUCUCCCCAGUAAAGGUGGAAGAAUCAUCAAUAUUGGAAGCACUGCAGGAAGGACAGGAAUGCCCCAGAUACCGUUAUAUUCUGCAAGCAAGGCUGCUCUUGAAGGAUUCACGAGAUGUUGGGCAGCUGAAUUAGGUCCUAAAGGUCAUACUGUCAAUCAAGUCAAUCCAGGGGCGGUGGAGACGGACAUGAUGAGAGGGUUCGGUGGAGCAGAAGAAUUUGCCAAAAUUACUCCCUAUGAACACCGCCUUGCUCAUCCCGAAGAAAUAGCAAAUGUUGUCGGUUUUCUCGUUCAAGAGAAUGGUCGAUGGAUUACUGGACAAGUGGUAUGUGCUUCUGGUGGAAUGCGAAUGUAUUGA